GAGACUGAGACAGAGUCUGAGAGAGAGGUAGGGUUUCCCGCCAAACAGCAGCUUCCCUCCCGGCCAUUUUCGGUUAUUUCCCGCUACAUGAAACAUUCCUCUCUUUUACUUGAGAAUCGAAACCCAAUUCGCCCACAGUCCACGUGCAUCAGUUUUAAGUUCCUCUCUCUCUGUAACCCGCAUUCGCAGUGAGUGGCCGAGCUACUAAUUAACACAAUCAUCACACACACAGACAGCAGGCAAUGUCGCGUCGUCGGAGCAACGGCCAUUCUCCAUUGGUCAACCAACAGCGCCAAAUCACUUCAUUCUUCUCCAAAACCACUUCUUCCCCAUCCCCCAUUUCUUCCAAAUCCAAACAAACUCAAAACCCUAACCCUAGCCCCGGUCCCAGCCCUAGCCACGCCACUCCUUCGCCUCUCCAGUCCAAGCCCAAGCCCAAGAAAUCCCAUGGCCAAGAGGUUGUCGGCAAGAGGAUCAGGGUUUACUGGCCGUUGGAUAAUAUCUGGUACGAAGGUUAUGUGAAGUUGUUCAGUAAGGAUAAUGGUAAACAUUUAGUUCAGUACGAUGAUGCUGAAGAAGAGUUGUUGGAUUUGGGAAAGGAGAAGAUCGAAUGGGUCCAGGAAACCGUCAAGACCUUGAAACGUUUGAGGCGAGGCCCUUUGUCGACUUCCAACGAGGUCGUUGUGGAUGGGCAUGUAGUUAUGGAGGAUGAGGAUGAGGAUAAGGAAGGCAGCAAUGAUGUUGCUGACGAUGAUUCCAGCGACGAGGACUGGGGGAAGAGUGGGGACAAAGACCUAGUUGCUGAGGAGGAAGAGGAGCUUAUGGAAUUGGAGGAUGAGGAAGAUGAUGAAGUGCCCACAACAAGCACGAACAAAGGAAAGCGAGGCUUGAGGAGUAAACGAAAGCUGAAAGGUGGAGGGAGUUUGGGGUCUGCUAAGAAGACCAAGUGUGAUAAAGAUGUGAUGGAGCCUACCCCUAAUGCUGAGAGCAUGAAGGUGGCUAAUGGUAUGAAUACUGUUGUAUCUGGUGAUGCCUCAGCAAGGUUUAUCGUUCGUGAAGCUGAGAAGUUGCACUUCCUGGGGGAAGAGCGUAGGGAUGCCAAAAAAAGAUUUCCUGGAGAUGCAAAUUAUGAUCCAAGAACUCUUUACUUACCUCCUGAUUUCUUAAAGAGUUUAUCAGGCGGCCAGAGACAAUGGUGGGAGUUUAAGUCAAAGCACAUGGACAAAGUUCUCUUUUUCAAGAUGGGCAAAUUUUAUGAACUUUUUGAAAUGGAUGCACACAUAGGAGCAAAAGAACUUGGUCUUCAAUAUAUGAAGGGUGAACAACCCCACUGUGGAUUCCCAGAGAAGAAUUUCUCAAUGAAUGUGGAGAAACUGGCUAGGAAGGGGUAUCGAGUUCUUGUUAUAGAGCAGACAGAAACACCUGAACAGAUGGAGCUUCGUCGCAAAGAGGAUGGCUCUAAAGAUAAGGUUGUGAAACGUGAAAUAUGUGCAGUGGUUACAAAAGGAACUCUAACUGAGGGAGAGAUGCUGUCAGCAAACCCUGAUGCUUCUUAUCUAAUGGCAGUGACUGAAAACUCUCAGAAUGUGGCAAACCAAAAUACAGAGCGGAUUUUUGGGGUUUGUGUAGUUGAUGUUGCUACCAGCCGCAUCAUUCUUGGGCAGUUUGGAGAUGAUUUAGAGUGCAGUGCCUUGUCUUGUCUCUUGUCCGAGCUGAGGCCCGUGGAAAUUAUAAAACCUGUAAAACUACUUGGUCCUGAAACAGAGAAAGUAUUGCUAAGGCAUACAAGAAGUCCACUAGUCAAUGAGUUAGUCCCACUUUUAGAAUUCUGGGAUGCUGAGAGAACUGCUCAGGAAAUUAGACGUAUCUACAGGUGCACCUUUGAUCAAUUGGUUUCUGGUUCUCCAAAGACAUCCAACUUACAUUCCGAUGAUUCUCCUUUGGAAGAAGAUGACUUGGGCUGCCUGCCAGAUGUGUUGUCAGAGCUUAUGAGAACAGGUGAGAAUGGCAUCUGUGCACUUUCAGCUCUUGGAGGCGUUCUUUUUUAUUUAAAGCAGGCUUUUCUGGAUGAGACAUUACUGCGAUUUGCAAAAUUCGAGUUACUUCCAAGUUCUGGUUUUGGUGAUAUUAUAUCAAAACCAUACAUGGUUCUUGACUCAGCUGCCCUGGAGAACCUUGAGAUUUUUGAGAACAGCAGAAAUGGAGACUCUUCAGGGACAAUAUAUGCACAAUUGAACCACUGUGUUACCGGAUUUGGGAAGCGAUUGCUUAAAACAUGGCUUGCAAGACCUCUAUAUCAUGUAGAGUUGAUAAAGGAACGCCAGGAUGCUGUUGCAAGUCUUCAGGGAGUUAAUCUUCCUUAUGCACUUGAAUUUCGAAAAGCAAUGUCUAGGCUUCCAGACAUGGAGCGGUUGCUUGCACGUGUCUUCUCUAGUAGUAAAGCUUGCGGGAGGAAUGCUAAUAAGGUUGUUUUAUACGAGGAUGCUGCUAAAAAACAGCUUCAGGAGUUUAUUUCAGCUUUGCACGGUUGUGAACUAAUGGUUCAGACAUGUUGUUCUCUUGGAGUCAUCUUGGAGCAUGUUGAAUCUAGACAACUUCAUCAUUUGCUUACACCGGGUCAAGGUUUUCCUGAUGUCAACUCAAUUUUAAAACAUUUUAAGGAUGCCUUUGAUUGGGCACAAGCCAAUAGUUCAGGUCGUAUAAUACCUCAUGAAGGAGUUGAUAUUGAAUAUGACUCUUCCUGUGAAAAAGUAAAGGAGAUAGAAUCUCAUUUAACAAAAUACCUCCAAGAACAGAGAAGAUUACUUGGAAAUAAAUCAAUCACUUAUGUCACUGUUGGAAAAGAUUCUUACCUGUUGGAAGUGCCAGAAAGUCUGCGUGGGAGUAUUCCUCGAGAUUAUGAGUUAUGUUCAUCAAAAAAGGGUAUCUUCAGAUACUGGACACCAAAUAUUAAGAAAUCAUUGACAGAGCUAUUGGAAGCUGAAACUGGUAAAGAGUCCUCACUAAAAAGCAUUCUGCAUAGGUUAAUUGGACAAUUCUGCGAGCAUCAUCUUAAAUGGAGACAAUUGGUCUCUGUGACUGCAGAAUUGGAUGUUUUAAUCAGUCUAGCAAUAGCAAGUGAUUAUUUUGAAGGACCGUCUUGUCGGCCAGUUAUCAUGAGUUCAUCAUGUACUAAUGAGGUACCCCACUUCUCUGCAAAAAGUUUGGGACAUCCGGUUCUUAAAAGUGAUUCUUUAGGGAAAGGUACAUUUGUCUCCAAUGACAUUACUAUUGGAGGUUCUGGCCAUGCGAGCUUUAUCCUUCUCACUGGUCCAAACAUGGGUGGAAAGUCAACUCUUCUUCGCCAAGUUUGCUUGGCUGCCAUUUUAGCCCAGUUAGGAGCAGAUGUGCCUGCAGAGAGCUUUGAGCUAUCUCCUGUUGACCGAAUCUUUGUUCGUAUGGGUGCCAAAGAUCAUAUCAUGGUAGGCCAAAGUACAUUUCUGACUGAGCUUUCAGAAACCGCAACAAUGCUGUCGUAUUCUACUCGUAAUUCAUUGGUGGCACUGGAUGAACUUGGACGUGGAACAUCGACUUCAGAUGGACAAGCCAUUGCGGAAUCUGUUCUUGAACAUUUUGUCUACAAGGUCCAGUGUCGAGGAAUGUUUUCUACCCAUUAUCAUCGACUAGCUGUAGAUUAUCAGAACAAUCCUGAGGUUUCACUCUGCCAUAUGGCAUGCCAAGUUGGAAAUGGAGACGGAGGUGUGGAAGAAGUUACAUUUCUUUACAGGCUGACUCCUGGUGCAUGCCCUAAAAGCUAUGGUGUCAACAUUGCACGGUUAGCUGGACUUCCUAUUUCCGUCCUUCAAAAAGCUGCUGCUAAGUCUAGGGAAUUCGAGGCUACAUAUGGUAAACACAGGAAGGCAGAUAGCUUUUUCUUUGAAAGUCCAGUUGACAACAUGGUAAGUUGCAUCCAAGAGUUGAUUACUGCUGUGGAAAAAUGGACUAGUCAUGAGUCUACCAAGAGCAUUGACAUUGACUCCCUAACUGAAGUUUGGCAUAGAGCAAGAAUACUUGAGCAACAAAGUUGAGAUGAUGAUGCAUUUUUUUUCUACUUACCAACAGUCAUGGAGUGUUAGCCAUGUUUGAUAGAAUGUGUGACUUAAAAAAGUUGUUAGCC